GCAGACGGUGAAUUUGUGUUUAUGUUCUUCACGUAGUUUCCAUUCAUAAAAGUGUGUGAAUACUUCCUCCAUCAUGUCGGGAGGGGUUCCAGAAUCUGUAAAGAAGUGUGUAGCCAUUCUCAAGGCGUCCCAGAGCGAUACUGAAAAGUUUGCUGCCCUUUUUAUGGUGACGAAACUUGUUAAAGCUAAAGAUUGCAAUACCGCUAGCAAAAGACUUCUGUUUGAAGCAAUUGGUUUCCCGUUCUUGAAGAGACUGUUGCUAAGCCCGGACGUUCCUGCUGAUUGUCCACCAACUGUUUACAAGUCAGUGGCAUUGUCAGUCUUGUCAAGUUUCUGUUCAGAUGCUGAACUCGCAACUCAUCCAGAGAUGCUUGCUAAUAUACCCGUGUUCUUGGAUAUCGUGCAACAAGCAGAUGAUGACGAUCUUGAUGAUAAUCUGAUGGUUGUAAAUGAGGCAUACACAUGCCUUCAGCAUAUAGCUGCACAUGAACCUGGUCAGAAAGCUUUGCUAGAUGCUGGUGCUAUUUCCAAAAUGUCUGAGAUAUAUUCGCAGCAAAGUUUUCAGACUGAUGAAGCCCUUAGUAUAUUAGUGACUCUUGUUAGCUGUGUCGGGCCUUCUGCAUGGGACAAUAAUCCAAAACCAUUCCAUGCGAUAGUGACUAAAAUAGCGCUGGAUUUUGAGACUGAUCAUAGUGAGCGGAAGUUUGAACUCUGUGGGGUGCUUCAGGCCUUACUGGCUAAUUGCAGGAAGGAAAUAAUUGCUGCAACAGCCACUGAGGAAAUAUGGCCUGGAACUAUUCAAAAAGGACUGACAGAUAUUUUGUCUAGCAAAAUAGGUAAAUCACAGAGAGACCCUGCUCUUAAACUUGCUUCAGUCAUGGUAGAAAUUUUGGGUGUUGAGUGGACACUGACAGAUGAAGAUAAGCCACGUCAGUUCUUUAUGCUCUUGGUUCAACUUUGCUCAAUUGAGGUUAGAAUGCAACUUGAGGACCAGAAAUUUCAAGCUAUUAUGGCCAAUGCAGAUCUUGUUUCAGCUUGCUUCACUGUGUUAGAAUUAUCUAUUUCAUUUGUAGCUUCAGACACACUUGAACUGGAACAGAAAGAAAAGCAGCAACUGUAUACAGCACUGAAAGGUGCAUUUGCAGCUGUGAUGAAUGUUCUUUUGCAAGUGUCAAAAGACUUUCCUAAAAAUAAGGACACUUUAGAUAUAAAAGCAAAAAUGUUUAUUUGUGCCAUGGUGAGAGUUUUGUCUGCUUGGCUUGCACAAGAAACCUCAGCCAUGAGGAAUGCAGUUUACACUUUAUUGCCUUUUAUGUUAACAAUAGCUAAUGAAACAUUUUAUGCAUACAGAUCAAGAUAUCUGACUGAGAAGGCCCAAGCCUCCCAGUCAGGAGUGACUGAUAUGGCAGCAGUUCAGAAAGAUCCAAUUAGUCAAGCAAAUGUAUUGCGUUUCAUGCUUCCAGCCUUGUGUCAUUUGGCUGUAGAAGAAAAAGCCCGAAAAAUUUUGUUGGAUGUGAAAGAAGAUGAAGUAUUGUAUGAAUCUUUUGCAUUUCAUUGGUCAAUUGUACACUAUAAAAAGCCACCUGUCCCUAAAUCGGAGAGGGGCAAAGCAAAAGGUCCAGAACCAGAGUUAGAUCCAAAAACACUGGAGGAGAUGAAGGAUUCCAGAGCAGCCAUGAUUAGUAUUUGUAAUAUUUUUAUGAAUAUAACUGUAUUAGAACCAAAACUUGUCGAAGAAAGUACUUUGUUUGCCACAUUACUGAAAUUUAUUUUUAAUAAUUUACCAGAACUGAAAAAUAUACCAGAAAAUCUGGUCCUUCAUGGCAACAUGGCAGUUCUUGGUCUUUUACUUUUGAAACAACAGGCUAAGAAAGUGAAGAAAAAUGAUUUCACCAUCUGUCGGUAUAUACAAGCUACAAUUCGUUUCUUAUGGGAUGCAUUUAAUGUAGAUGAAUCAAAUGAUGCCACCUCACUUGUUGUUACUAUGGCAUAUAAGAAGUAUUGGAUAGAACUCAUGGAACUGUGGUUUUUAGGAAUGCAGACUAUGAGUGCUGUGUUGGCCCUUGUCCCUUGGAUAUCUGAAUUUGCAAUUGAAAGUGGAUGGGCUCAAGGUAUUAUUGACACACUGAAUAAAGUUAAAACAGGUUCUCUACCAGCAAAUACCAAAGCAGCAUAUGAAGAUUUCCUUUGUCGCCUUGUUGAUGCAAACAACAGUGUUGCAAAAGUCCUUAAGAAACAUGAUGCUCUGUCAGUAUGCAGAACCCACAGAUUUAUGGAACUUGGAAAACGUCUUUUUGGGGAUUAA